UGAUCUCACUACCUGAGAAAAGUCAAGGGCACUGGAGUCACACACAACACACGAGAAGAGAGGAAUUUCACUGCCUCAUUGACACAAACUUAAGUCACAGCUUUGCUCUGCCUAAGUGGAUUUUACAGAUUCUGAUCAGACAAAAGUAACAUUCAAAGAUGGCUGAGGCGCAUCAGGCGGUGGGCUUCCAGUUCACCGUGCGCCCAGAUGGCGUGGACCUUAAAUUGAGUCGAGAGGUCAUCAGAAACAUCUACCUGUCAGGAGUGACAGCCUGGAAGAAGCGAGCCAUUCAGUUCAAGAAUGGUGUGUUGGCUGGAGUCUAUCCUGCCAGUCCAUCAAGCUGGCUGAUAGUUGUGAUUGCCAUGAUGAGUUCAUUAUAUAUCCGCAUAGACCCGUCUCUUGGCAUGAUUGACGCAAUAAAGGAAAGCCUGCCGCAUAGAGACUAUAUGUCAGUGCAGACCCGAGCAGUGCUGAGUGCCAUCCUGUUUGCCACUGGCCUGUGGCUGUUCCUCAUCUACCUCUUGAGAUACACUCUCAAAGCUCUACUCUCCUACCAUGGAUGGAUUUUUGAAUCCCAUGGGAAAAUGAGCACAUCAACUAAAGUGUGGUUGACCCUAGUAAAGAUGUUCUCUGGCCGAAGACCGCUGCUCUACAGUUUCCAAGCCUCCUUACCACGGCUCCCAGUGCCCAGGUUGGAAGAUACAAUUCACAGGUACCUUGAGUCAGUCCGUCCCCUGCUGGAUAGUGAACAGUACAGCCAAAUGGAGACUUUGGCCAAUGACUUUAAAAAUUCCGAAGCAGUCCAGCUGCAGAGAUACCUAAUCCUAAAAUCCUGGUGGGCAACAAAUUAUGUAAGUGAUUGGUGGGAGGACUACAUCUACCUCAGGGGCAGGAGUCCUAUCAUGGUGAACAGUAAUUUCUAUAUAAUGGACCUCUUGUACAUGACCCCAACACAUCGACAGGCUGCACGGGCAGGGAAUGUGGUCCAUGCCAUGCUGCAGUACAGACGCAAACUGGAGCGUGGUGAACAUGCACCGCUGAGGGCUUUGGGGACCGUUCCUAUGUGUUCCACUCAAAUGGAGAGGAUGUUUAACACCACCCGCAUCCCUGGGAUUGAGACAGAUAUGGUGCAGCACCUGACUGACCGUAAGCACCUGCUUGUCUACCACAAGGGCCGUUUCUUCCAAGUGUGGCUGUACACUGGAGGCCGCCACCUCUUACCCAGUGAACUUGAGACACAGUUUCAAAGGAUCCUCAAUGAUACGUCAGAACCCCAGCCAGGAGAACUCAAAUUAGCUGCCCUGACUGCAGGAAACAGAGUUCCAUGGGCUCGGGCUCGGAUGAAAUAUUUCUCCCAGGGAGUAAACAAAGUGUCCCUGGAUGCCAUUGAGUCAGCUGCCUUCUUCCUGGCACUAGAUGAGGAGCCACAGGGUUAUGACCCUGCAAAGAUGGGUUCACUUGAUAGUUAUGCCAAGUCCCUUCUUCAUGGAAAAUGUUAUGACAGGUGGUUUGACAAGUCUUUCACCUUGAUCUCUUAUCCAAAUGGAAAAAUGGGUAUAAAUGCUGAACAUUCUUGGGCUGAUGCACCAAUUGUUGGACACAUGUGGGAGUUUGUUCUUGCAACAGACUGCUUCCAUCUUGGUUAUACGGAGGAGGGACACUGUAAAGGGGAUGUGAACAAAGGCCUGCCUUAUCCCACUCGACUACAGUGGCAGAUUCCAAAGGAGUGCCAAGACGCCAUUAAUACUUCUUACCUAUCAGCCAAGCAGAUAGCUGACGAUGUGGACUUUCAUGGCUGUUUGUUUACUGAGUUUGGAAAAGGAUUGAUCAAGAAGUGCAGAACCAGCCCAGAUGCCUUUAUUCAGCUGGCCUUGCAGCUGGCACAGUUCAGGGACCAGAGAGUGUUCUGCCUGACAUACGAGUCAUCAAUGACUCGUAUGUUCAGAGACGGUCGUACAGAGACAGUACGUUCUUGUACUUCUGAGGCUGUUGCAUUCGUCAGAGCCAUGGAGGACGCAGGUGCAACGAAUGUCCAGAGACUUGCCCUAUUUCAGAAGGCAGCAGAUAAGCAUCAGAACAUGUAUCGACUGGCAAUGACUGGUUCUGGUAUCGACCGCCACCUCUUCUGUCUCUACAUUGUGUCCAAAUACUUUGGUGUCGACUCACCAUUUCUUAAAAAGGUGCUUUCAGAGCCCUGGAAGUUGUCUACCAGCCAGACUCCACAACAGCAGCUCAAUUUAGUUGACAUCAACAAAUUCCCUAAAUAUGUGGGUGCUGGUGGUGGAUUUGGCCCGGUGGCUGAUGAUGGUUAUGGUGUGUCUUAUAUAAUUGUUGGGGAAAACCUCAUCACAUUCCACAUCUCCAGCAAAUUCUCCUGCCCUGACACAGACUCAUAUCGGUUUGGUCAGCACAUUCGGAAGGCCAUGCUUGAUAUCCAAGCACUUUUCAAGGCAGAAAAGAAGGCGGUGGAGCAUGCAAAGCAUGUACAGAUGGAGAACGGGAAAAAGCACAUAUGACAGAGACUGUGGAAUGGUAUGCUGCAUUUGUUUUGAUUCACUGGAAAAAAACAAAACAAUGUUCUAAUGACAGGUUGCACUUGGGGUCUUUUUCUUUUCUGGUGGGUCACAUUAGCUGGAGCUGGUCAUUCCUCUGUCAGAUAAAAGAGUAGUUGUUAUUCCUCUAAUUUAUUUGUAUUUAUACUAUACUUUUCAGACCUGUGUCAUUUUGGUGCUGAGGUAAAGGCAUAAUAAAAAUAAUUGGACACUUUGUUUUUGCACUGGUUGUUUUUCCCGGUUUAAACUUGUUGUCAGUUUAUGUAACAGACCUUACAUAAAUCUAAUGUAAUAAAUUUAUGGAAUAUAAUCUUUACAUAUGAUGUACAAUUUGUUCAUAUGAAAGUUGUAAAUAUAUCCACUUAAAGAUUUCUUUGAAAACAGAAACCCUUUGUAACAUUAUGAAUUUGUUGUUGGCAGCAACUUCUGUGCAAUUAACAAAUAAAAUUAAUUGGACUGGUAAGUUUGCUAAGAACUAUUUAAUCUAUUAUUUACUCAUAUAAAGCAAUUGCAUAAAGCAUUCAAUACAUCACAAACAGAUACUGAGAACCAAUUUAUUAUAAGAGAAGUUUAUUUUAAGAGGUGGGGUGUGAUCAUUUACAGAGGCCUUCCAGGUUCAACGAGGCUAUCAGAAUAAACAAAAGUGAUGUGGACUUCUGCGGACAGCUGGAAGUCAGAAUGCUCUCUUUACAUGUUCUCGACGCCAUAAGAGAGCAAAACUUAACGCACCAGAACAAACAAUGGCAACAGGCAACAAGUUCACUAGACUGCUUGUUGUUCACAACCCAGACUGUUUUUUGUGCACAAAGCUGUGACCAGAUAAUGCAAAUUCUAUACACCCUGAUGUAAUUGGAAUGCAGAUGGUAGAAGGUUCGUCUAUUACUUCAGGUCAAUGAACAAUGACUUUAAUAUGCUAAUGUUAAAAAAAAACAAAAAACAAUUUGCAGUUCCAUGACGGAAGCAGUCAGUCACAUCUGAUUUAGUUCAUUCACAUGAGUGCAGCUCCCAGAUAGCGGGAACAAACGAACCAUCUUCGAUUUGAAUAUUUAUUAGUUUAGGUGGGGACAAUACAAAAAGUCAAAGUAAUAAAAAAACAAACCUUUCUGGUCACACACAGUUUCUUUCAAGGCAUCAGUUACAACAAUGAACUAAAACUAGACUUUAUAACUGUACAAAGUGAAAGGACAAACAAAAACGCCAUCAAACGGUCCACUUGCUUGAUGAGAGCAAUUUUAAAAAGACCCAAAGAGGCAACGGACACCAGACUUCCUAAGAUUCAAAAUGAAUCAACAGUAUCAGAUUAUUGUCAUUUUCAUUCUUAUCAGAAGCUGCCUGCCAAACACACACACUGAACAUAUCAGAACACAACAGACAUGAAAGGCAAAUGGAUUUUAAGUAUGCUCUUAUUUCUUAACCAUUUUUAUCAUGGGGAUACUGCAGGUUGAGUCCACUGGGUGGUGACAUGCCUCCCGGGCCACUGUGCAAGGCUGUUUUUCAUGUAGAUACACGCCAACCCAGUCUCUUCUGUGUACAUACUAUUUUGUGUAUAUAUUUAAACACUCUAGGAUGGUUUUGUAGUUUAUGUGUCUAAAAUCACUCAGCAGAGCUUUUGUUUUCCGGUCUAUGAUGCAGCAAAGGAGGAGGAUUAAGAAGUUGCACCAGGAGUUGGGUUGACAUUCUGUGUGGCUGCUUGCGGUGCCACCUCUAUGAUCCGCGGUUUGUCAAUGAUGCGGGCAGUGCGGUUUCCUUUCUCUACAAUUCCGAUGAUCCACGCUUGGUGGCCCUCGCCGUACUUUGGGGAUUUGAUUUCGGCACAGAAGCGAGCGGCCUGCUCCCGAGGAAGACAGAUAAGCAGGCCUCCUGUGAAGAAAACGAGUUUUCGUCAGUCACAGAAUGUAUUUUUAAUGUGCAGUGAUGCUGAUGAGUGCUCAGCUGUUAUACUGCUGAACUAACUUGUACUGAUUAAAGAGCUGCUUUGGAUUCUGA